GUCAGUGAUGACGGUAAAAAAGUCAAGAGGUCAAGGCCGUUAGCAGAACCAAAACAGAUAGAUGAGAGGACAAUUUAUGUGGAGUGCCUCCCCCACCAUGUGGACCACAUGUGGGUCAGACGAAUGUUUUCCACCUGUGGUGAGGUUCUGUAUGUCAGCAUUCCCCGCUACAAGACCACAGGGGACCCUAAAGGGUUUGCCUUUGUGGAGUUUGACACAGUGGAAGCUGCAAAAAAGGCCUGUGAGGAGCUCAAUAAUCCCCCAGUCGAAGCUGAUGGCCAACCAGGAAAGUUUCCGAAGACUAGAAAACAGUUAUUACAGCUCCAGCGGAAAUUAGGAUCCAAAGCUGAGGAGGCUGAAGGCUUAGAGACGGGGUCACUACCUUGUGAAAGUAAGGAUAUCAAAGACAUCAAGCCAGGGGAGUCACCGACAAAGCUGUCAAAGCGGCAGAGGAGGAGGAGACGGCAAACUAGUGAAAGUAGUGUGGACGGUACAGAGUUAUCUCCCAUGAAACAACGUAAAACAGUCAGUAUAGAAAGUGAUCACAAAACUAAAAUUGAAACAAAUGUCGAAGUUCUAGGAGAUAAAAGUAGUGAAAUAUCAGACAAAAACAAAACCGUUGAGGAAACAAAAGUGUCGGCUUGUGGUGAAAAAUCAGAGGAGGAAGACAAUGAAAAAGUAAAAAAGGUCAAGAAAAGGAAAAAUAGAACUCAGUCUGAUGCCAGUGUUUCAAUGACUGAUAGUGAAGUAGAUGUUGGUGUCAACGUAGACAAAGGUCAGAGUGCGGCUAAGACAGGUAAACUCAGUGAAGGUCAAGGUCAGGUGUCCGAUUCAUCAUCAACUGAAGUGAGGAAGAGGAAGGCAGAAGGUGAGUCAUCAACAGAUGAAGUGAAAAAGAGGAAAGUCGAGAUAACAUCGGUUACUGAUCAGGAGGAAAUAGGUGCCAAGAAAAGAAAAACGACUCCAUCGAAAAAGAGGAAAAGGAAAAAGAAGAAACAGAAGGGAAAGGAUGUACCGGAGCUGAGAGUGAUAUCAAAGAAGGAGUGGCUGGACCUGCGCAGUGAGUACCUCUCCCUGCAGAAAAAGAGUAUGACCAAUCUUAAACAGACCUUAUCUAGGAUCAGGAGGGAUGAUGACCAGUCAGGUCAAACAGUGAUUGGUCAGGAACAUGCCAUCACAGAGAAACCAGUCAAGGAGGCACAACCUGUCUCACAGAUGAAAUCUAAAGUUGAAUUUGUUUCGAACGUGAUUGUCAAGGUCAAGUCUCCUCACCCAUUCUCACGCAAGCAGAUCAAGGAGUACUUUGGAGAAGAAGGGGGUGUAGCCUAUGUAGAUUUAAUUGAAGGUGACUGUAGUGGAUACAUCAGAUUCAAGGACUCCGAGAGUGCCAAAAAGGCUGCUAAUGCCCAACCAGAGAACUACACUUUCUUUCUCCUACAAGGAGAAGAUGAAAGUGUAUACUGGAGUAAGUUACAGUCCGACCGUGAUGCUAAACUGAGCAACAAGAACAAGCCAAAGAAGCGAGGAACUCAGAAGUUGGUGGACAAGGUACAGAAGAUCAACAAAGAAAAUGUCCAGAGAAAACACAUUCUAUUUGAUGAUUGACCACUCAAAUCACAGUUGUUUAUAUAAAAGGGAAUGAUAACAAGCCUUGACAAAAUAUUUAAAGGCCUGCAGUUAUGCCUAAAAGUAUAGGGCCCCACAGUAGCCACCUUAGCUGUCAGGAAAGACUUGCUAGAUUUGCCUGAUUACAAGUAAAAAUCAUGUCUUUUGUAAAAAGAGCAGCUUAUUUUGCUGAAACUAGUGCUAAUUGUUCCUAAUUUGUUGUCGGUGUGUGGAUGUUUUUGUACUAUGUACUUGCAGUGCUGAUCUGAUCAGUAUAGUGGAAAUGUGUCCUUGAUAACAUUGUGCUUACUGGCUAACAGGAUUUUAUUUCAGUGUGGUGUAAAUAAAGACUGGUCCUGUUUAAUAGCUGUAUGAUAUAUUGUGCUAAUAAGCAAUAACAUACCAGAGAUUAUAAACUUAAGAUGAACCAUAUGCUGUAAAACUAAGAACCAACGUUUUGUUUUUGUGAAUUCUUGUACAUUAGCAAGUGUUUUGCCCAGUAGAAAGAAUCUUUCCUUGUGAACAUCAACGCAUAACAUAUUGUGUCUGUAUUUUGGUCUCUUGGGGUUUGUUAUAACAAUGUUUAAUGUGUUCUUGCUUUUGAAAAUUAUGAAUUUAUCAGGGCGUUCUGAGUUUUGUGAGAAAAUUUAACCGACCCAGUUUUUUUAUUGGGAUUAAUUUGCCUCGACCCCAUUCUCAUGUUUAUGUGGUGCAUAUAUUGAUCCAUUUUCAUUGUGUUCAAUUGUUGAAUGACUUUUUUUCAUGUUAAAUGGUUAAUAAAAUUUCAUAUGA